ACAACAAAAGGAAAACAGCUGUUUUUGGAGGUAUGUAGAUAAGAGAUGCACAAACUCGAAGCUUUUGAAAUCCUGUUCAUAUUUUCUAAUUAAAACAAUGACUAAAUUGGCAAAAACGGCUUUAAAUUUGAAGCAGUUUAUGCUGCGCCAAGAGGUGCUGAAGUUGUAUCGCGAAAUUUUCCGUACUAUAAGGCUUGUUCCCGACAAAACCAACCAGCGGGAAUUACGUGAUUGGGCACGCCACGACUUUCGGACGCAUAGUGGCCAGACAGAUGAAUUGGCUAUCAAAAUGAUGAUUCAAUAUGGACGACGUAGCCUUACUGAGCUGCAGACGAGUUUGGUUUUGAGCGGAGCUGGCAAGGGGAAGACUGCGAAUGUAGUAUCAAACGAUAGUGAGAAAUCCAAUAAGAAAAAUAUAAAAAAUAAUUUGGAAAAUUAGUUAAUAAAAGCGGUGAAAGAACUUUUGGAGAUGAA